CUUCGAGCGUAUCUGGCACCACCCCUCCUGCCCGCGCGAGUGGCGACCUGCGAGCUGCAUCGGACAGGAGAUGGUUGCUCUGUUGCAUCUGCGCUGCACGACUGCAGGGGCCACGCAGCGACCAGCGAUGCAGCUUGCGGGAAAGUGCGACAGCGGUCGGCUGAACCAUGCAGAGCGAUGACCACCGGCCAGCAAGCCGUGAUGCCUCAUGCGACCUGCUACCGACAGGCAAGCGAGACCAUCAUGAUGUAGUCGGCGUCGAGCCCGACUUGGAUUCUGGGAUCCCGAAUGAUUCUGUAACGCGGCGCAUUCGACCUCCCAUCCUCCCGCCGGAGAUUCUGCAUGACAUCCUUCUUCUCGCCUGCGACCUCGAUCCACGCAUCCCUCACACGCUUGCCUACGUCUCACACGCCGUCUGCGCCCUCACCGCACCGGCGCGCUUCAAGACGGUCGUCUUGACGUCCGAGGCGUCAUUAGCGUCCUUCUGGCUGUUGCUUCAGCUGCAUAAUGUCACGCGCCUCGUGUGCGACGAAUGGGCCCUCCCAACCGCGUUCGCCGACGCCCUUACAGUCCGAGCCACCGAGGUCGAGGCGCAACUGCAGCUGGGCAACGAUGCUGCAACCCGGGCGGUGCUGAUGCAGCAAUUUGGAUGUACCAUCAACCCAAAGGAACGCUGGAGCAGCAUUGACUGUGGUCCUCGUCGUAAUGACGCCUCGCGGUAUCAAGGUAUCGAGCCGCUUUACCCCGAACGGCCAAGCGAGACCCAACAGCUUGAUGCGGCAGAUAGUACCCAGCGACGGUACAAGUAUCUCUCUUAUCCAACAGAGAAGCCACUGUCUCAAUAUAUCGAAAAUCUUCUCAUCGACCUGGACCCAUGUACCAUUCCGGAACCGACGCCGCUCCCGUCGGAUGCUCGGCUGCAGGACCAAGACGACGCGGACGAGGCGCCAGACCUCUUCCCUGCGCCCCGCACCCAAGGGGGCCAGCAGCAACGAGGCAACAUCCUCAUGCUCACCGACGAGCUGGACACGCUGCGCGAGCGCAUCGCCUCGCACCUCUCGCUGAUCCUGCAGCUCGUGUACAACGCGCCGUGGCAUCUGGUGCAGAAAGUGCGUCAGCUACCCGUGCGCCACGGACACCGGCUUUGUCACAUGCUUGAGCAUGUGCCCAACGUGCAGCGCCUCUCUCUCGGUGGGAUGGAGCUACAGGCGUUCAGUGGUUGCUUCAGCGCACGCGAGCUGUGCCCCCGAGAGCUCACGCUGGUCCACAAUGGUGACGACGAGAGUCUGGAUAUGCUCGUCAAGAGCUUUGGCGGCGCAGCUGAGGAGGUGAGCGUGUUGGAAGAGAAGGCAUCCUCGCAUUCGAUGCGCACUCGCUCUGGAGAGAGUUUCCCUGCAAAGCAACGGCAGACAGGACCCGCAUACAUCCUCCCAGGUAUACGCCAACGCCUUGAGAAGCUGCACGUGAUCGGCAUCGACCCGCGCUCGCCCUUGACGGGUGUCUCGGUCCCCUUUCCGCAGUUCUACGCGCUUCGAGCCGGCGCCAUCAUGCCCGGCUCGUACAUCGAAGCGUGCAUAGAAGCUGAAGAGACGUUCGCAAAAUCUCAAAAGGCGUGUAUGGCCAUGCUUUUCGAUCACCUCCAGAAGAGUGGCUGCGCUAUCGAGCCGGAGCGACUGGCAUGCAUGAGUGAAGACGAGCUCAAGAAGCUCGGGUUCCCAGCAGUGCUUUGUCGUGGUGUCGAUGAGGAUGUGCACAGCAGCGACCUACUCGCGACGUGGCGACGCGUCGCGCCGCGCUCCCUCUCGCGCGCCCGACAUCUGCAGUGUCUGUCUCCAGAGGACAUCAGCAAGGGCGUGCGGUACUUGCGCUACGACACGCCCAAAUUCAGCCUGCGACCCGUCGAGGUAAUUGGGUCGAAGUUGCGCUACUUUAUCCAAGAGCUCUGCGAUAGCGCCAACAUCAUGAAUGUCGCAGGACAGAGCGGCACCGUCACAAGGGGCGAGUGCAGCGCGCAGGACGCAGUGCGAGCAUGGGGCGCUGGCACAUUCGUCAAGCUUCAACUGGCCUGGCAAACGGCGCAAGGCUCUGCCAUGCCAAACGCGACGAGCGCCGCUCAUCGCUCGCGCUUCUCCUCUUUUGUCCCCUUCGCCUUCUCCUCCUCAUCGACCAUACCGUCUAAUGGCAUAUCUGGCGCCCACAGUGCCGCUGGCGGCUGGCCAAGGGAGGUGAAAGAUGUGUGGACCGAACGCACCGACCGGGAUCUGCCUCUCUCGUUCGGGCACGAGCUUGUCGAGGCUGUGCGACAGGCGUUUGGCUGGGCCAAGCCACCGCAGUGGGAGAGCUCGUUCCUCUCCAGCCUGCGCCAGGGCGACUCGCCAACGAUCAGAGCGCACGCCGCAAAUCUCGGACCACUCAUCGACCGCAUCAUGGGAGAGUUCUCUGUAGCUGAUGGCAGCGCUGUUAAUGGUUUCGCGAGCGUAAUGGGAGAUUAUCAGGGCGGCGGCGGCGGGCGCAUCCCAGCCGACUUCAGCACCUUUGAGCUGCGCCGGCCUUCCGAGUUCAUGCGCUUUGAAGGCUCAGCUGCGUUCGAAAAGGAGGAACGGAUCCGGCUCUUCCUAGACUCAGCUGCAGGUGGCAAAGGCGCGUGGUCCUGACAAUGUGUCCACCUUCUGCCCACGUCUCUGUCAGGAGAACGAGCGAUGAUGAGCAAAACUGAUAUUACUGCAGAGUCAGCCCGGUGUCCUCGGACACCCUUGUACAUUAUAAACGAUAUGCACCGUCGCCAUCGUAGAAGCUAACUGAUAAUGAACACGAUGUAUCAAUGGUUGUU